AGCAAUCGCCGCAGUGGCUACGAGAUGAAGGACGGAUGUUCCUUCCUGUUCACGUCCGAAUCGGUCGGCGAAGGACAUCCCGAUAAAAUGUGCGACCAGAUUAGUGAUGCAAUCCUAGAUGCACACUUGCAGCAGGACCCCAACGCAAAGGUGGCCUGUGAAACUAUUGCAAAGACUGGCAUGAUCUUGCUGUGCGGAGAAAUUACAUCAAAAGCUGUAGUUGACUAUCAGCGCGUGGUGCGUGAAACAGUGCAACACAUCGGCUAUGACGAUUCCUCAAAAGGAUUUGACUAUAAGACCUGUAACGUGCUCCUCGCAUUGGACCAGCAGUCACCGAACAUUGCAGCCGGUGUGCAUGUAAAUCGUCCGGAAGAGGAAAUCGGUGCCGGCGAUCAGGGGCUUAUGUUUGGUUACGCUACCGAUGAAACGGAAGAAUGCAUGCCAUUGACGGUGGUGCUGGCUCACCGAUUGAACGAGAAGAUCGCCGCGCUUCGCCGUAGUGGACAGUUCUGGUGGGCCCGUCCAGAUUCCAAGACUCAAGUCACGGCAGAGUAUAUCUUUGAAUCGGGAGCGUGCGUUCCGCAACGCGUCCACACGGUAGUGGUCUCGCUGCAGCACUCGGACAAGAUUACCCUCGGGGAGCUACGCAAGGAAAUCAAGGAGAAGGUCAUUAAGGACGUGAUUCCAUCCCAGUACCUCGAUGCAAACAUGAUUGUGCACAUCAACCCGUGCGGGCUGUUCAUCAUCGGUGGUCCCCAGGGUGAUGCUGGAUUGACUGGACGCAAGAUCAUCGUCGACACAUACGGAGGUUGGGGUGCCCACGGCGGUGGUGCAUUCUCGGGCAAGGACUUCACCAAAGUAGACCGUUCCGCUGCCUACGCGGCGCGCUGGGUAGCGAAGUCCCUGGUGAAGGCUGGUAUCUGUCGCCGUUGCAUGCUGCAGGUAGCUUAUGCUAUCGGGUUGGCCGAACCAUUGUCGAUUACAGUGUUUGACUACGGCACCUCGAAGUACAGCCAGCAGGAACUGCUGAAGAUCAUCUCCAAAAAUUUCGAUCUGCGUCCGGGCAAGAUCGUCAAGGACCUGAAGCUCCGCACGCCGUUCUACCAGUGUACCAGCACGUACGGACACUUUGGACGCGCAGGAUUCCCGUGGGAGGAACCGAAGAAGCUGGUCCUGAAAUGAUUGAGCUCGACCGCGGUUCCUGUGACCGCCGCAGAUGCCGCUCGCUGUUCUCCUGCUGGUAUUGCCGUA